GACCAUCACUCAUUCCUCCCUUCCAUUGAGCUAGAGUCUCCUAGUCAACCAUCAUGCCCCUAGACCUCCCUGCAACCAUCAAACCAGGCAUUGUUAAUUUUCCUGGAAGGACACCGGAAACUCAGGAGACUGUUCAACGUUUACUUGCAGACGAUCGUCGGGAGAAUCAUUGCUUUUUUGUUGCUUCUGGACUUCAUAAUCAUUUGAGCCACCACCUGUUGGCGGCGUAUGACUUGGGAGCAUCAACCAAGCUUUUACAAGACAUAUACAAUGAGGAGAAUAAGUCACAGAGGCCAAUCUUGAGCGGAUCUGCAAACGAUAGUAUUGAUGAACAUCAGCCUCAAAUCAAUCGCGAUAACUUUGAGCAUUAUCUUGGAAAGCAAAAGUACUAUUCUGCCUUUCUGAGUUUCUUCACUGCCGAAAUCGCCACACAUGGAGUUCCAGACACACUGGAAGCACUUGUAUUCAAUCCCUCCGUCAACAAGGCCGAAAGCAAUAUGCUGUCGAGGUUUUUGGCUGGCGCAUUCCAUCCUUUUAUUCAAACUGGGUAUGGUGCCGAGUUUGAUAGCGAUGCUAUGAUAGCGCAAGAAGAUACAAUACCAAAAGGAGGAUUGCCCUUGCUGUGUAUCCUUCGCCAAGUUUAUGACUCGAACAUUCUGAAACCAGUCAUGCCGUACGAUCCGAAUGCUCUUCUGAGUUCCCGCAGAAAAGCACUCAUGAAAGACGGGAGACCAGAAGAAAUCAAGCGAAUAUGCCGACUAUGGUGGAAGUCGACCUCGGCUGAAGACGAGGUAGAAUUGGGGAAUAAAGUCGAGGAGUUUUUCUGGAUGUCAACUCUCUUGCUGGCAGCUACAGGAAAAGAGGGGCGUAAACCAAGGCUGGAUUUCUUCCUCAUGCAUGUCCUUAAUGCAACGAUUUUCCUUCCAUCUCUGCUGAAGAUCAUUCCAACGAAAGCAUCGAGAAUCAAACUUUUGAAGGGGCUUUUACCGGUUGUGGUCAUGUAUGUCCUGAUGCGCGGACGCCCCAGAAUCAAUCCAGAGCUUUUGUUGUCGUAUACCGCUGUGCCCCGCCCUCCGAACUUUGACGAAUAUAUGCUGCAAAAGCCCAGCGCGUCGGCAAUCGGUGGACCCUGUGGAACUGAAUCUUAUCUGAACCCAUGGCAUGGUAUUCUAGUGUCCGUGGUACAUGCUCCGGACGCUCAUACUCUGAAGGCCAUACGCACUCUCUACUAUGCUGCUCAACACUACGGGCACAAAGCUCCUGGACAGGUUCUCGGCUCCUCUUACAAUGGGAAAGAAACACACGUUGGCGUCGAGAAGCUAGACGGAACUGUAUUUGUCCGAGCUGCUGGCGUGAUUAUGGACACUCUUGGAUGGGUCUCGCAUGGUGAGGGAGCUGGGAAAUGGGAUUACAGUGGGUUAGGAUGGGAAGAUGCGUGGAAAGAGUAAGAUCGUUAAGAAUGUUUUGUAUUCUCAGUUCUGUACUACUACUGUUUCUCAGUCUAUUCUUCUUGUACAACAGUUGCUGUAUUUUUAGCCAGGACCAUCGCGAUGCUGGAGGCGAAACUCAAUUUAUUAUGUGCUGUAAUAUUUUU